UCAGCCGAAGGGACACAGGAUGCACGUUUGAAUCGACCCAGCCAACAAAUGGGUGAAUUUUACGGAGCAAGUACUAUUAUGUCACACAGUCUCUCGCGAUCAGUGGAGCCACUGGUUCGUUCUCUUGAAGAAAUGAAUGGUUACUCUGUUGGGUCAAAUGGUUCUGUGUCCUCUAGUAGAAUCUGCAGUGUUGGUUUGUCACCAGUCCAUUCUGAUCCCGGCACUGAUAGAAAGGUGGGUGGCAUGGAUGUAAGGCUCAACCUCUCUGGACCAGCAGAGCUUGUUACGGGUCAGCAGACCAGUGAGAAGUCCGCAGGUGCCGUGCAGAGUGCAGUUGUGCGUGGAUUGGUUGCAAGAGAAAGUUAUCAUAGUCUUCUGCAGGCAAGGCAAGGCUACACAAUGCUGAACAUACAUCAUGUUCCACUGCGUCUUCCGGAACUCAUUGUGCGAGACAGCUCACGAGUUCAGGAUGGCAUGUCAAUGGGAGAGAGGGAAGUUGUCGCUAAUGCAGGUCCAUCAGUUGACUCUGCAAGUAACUCCUCCUCGUCUACUGUGGAUGACAUGGUGUGGGAAUCAGCCCCAAGGGGAAGACUGGACGGCAUCGACAGGAUGGGCAACAAGAGAGACCUGGUCACGAGUGACUCAACUGCAAAGGAAAGACUGGACAUCAUGGAGAGGAUGAAGGCCAACAACAGAGACCUGAAUCAGCAGGUACUUGAAAUGAGAAAGAGACUGAGUGAGCUGGAAAGUACUGUCCAAGUGAAAGAUCAGCGUCAGGUGGAAAUGGAUUAUGAGAUGUUGGAGAUGCAAGACGAAUUGCAAAAACUUAAAAUGGAGAAAGAGACACAUCUGCGUGAACUCAAACAGAAGGAAGAGUUGCAGAAGAGGAUGCAGGAGAAGUGUGUCAAGACAGAACAAGAAGCAAAGCAGAAGGCUAUCCAGGAGCGUGUAAUUGCACACCUCAGGGUGGAGCUGCUUGCUGCAAAUUCCAGGAACGAGGAGAUUGGAGCCAAUUAUAAGACAGAGCUGUGUGCCGUGCAGCUUAAACUCCGAGAAGCAGAGAAUAGGUGUGGAUUGCUGGAAGCACAACUCGAUCUCAAAGAAAGGACCACUAAGGCCAGGGUCGACUUCAAUCUGGUGGUAGCCAGACUUAAGAUCUAUCUUGCUGAAGACCUUGCACCCACCUGCAACAUCAAGCAGAUCAUCAAUACGCGGCAAAGUACCUCGACGACGAGCGGGAGCUAUGGCGCUGCAGGCGCAGCAUGUAACACCCCCCCCCUCCUUAUGAAGUCAAGCCUCGUCGAGGGCGAAGCUGACGAUCUGAAGGUGGAACCUGUACUUGGGUGCGACGUGGAGCCGAAGAUACCGGCUUGCCUUGCAUCUUGCGUUCGUAGCGUACGAGAACAUCUGGAGCUGUUGCUUUGAGUUCCUCACGAGUCAACCAACGGUCAACUUUGUGGGUGCAGUACGCAAAGUGUACCAAGUA